UCUCCACUCACGACCACUCUCGUCUUUCUCCUCCACCGAAGUCUUUCAUUCCUUUUUUUUUUUUUUUUUUUCCUUUUCUCUUUUUGCAUGGAUCGCAUAGAGCUCGGUCAUCCAUGAUCACCUCCAAAAGGGCAGCUUUCAUGAGUUUUCCAGCAAGAUCCUUUAUUUCAACGCCCUCUUAGCUUCCCGUUGUGGACACAGAAUUAUUUUGCUGGAUUGCAAACAAAACUCUGGUGAUCAUUACUGCAAAUGGGGGCUGCAAACUCGAAGAUUGAAGAAGAUAAGGCCCUCGUACUGUGUAGAGAGAGGAAGCGAUUUGUCAGACAAACUCUUGACGAGCGGCGCUCGCUUGUAGAUGCUCAUGUUUCCUAUGUUCAGUCCCUAAGAAAUGUUGGAAUUGCAUUUAGAAAAUUUGUAGAUUCUGAAGCUUCUGUUGAUUCUUCCUGGAAUGUAUCAGCUUCUUCGACAACUGAGCCUCUUGCUAUAACAGAUAGGCAUAUGCAUAUCACGAACGCAUCUCCAUCUCUUUCACAACGUGUGAAGAGAACUGAAUCAUUUUCUCCAGUUCCUUCUCCUCAUUCAUCUGGACGCUUGCAUGUCAAUGAGAUGAAACCUGGAAUGAAUUCUUAUGUGAUCGUAGAGGAAAAUCCUCCAACAUCGGUUAUAGCCACUUUAGAAACCUCAUUUAGCACUCCAAAGCACAUUACGUCGAAGUCUGAUGAGAUUUCUUCCAUUGAAGUUCUCCCAACCCCUCUUGACGCUAAGAGAUGGGAUUAUUUUGAUACUCCUCAACUUCCAUCUCAGAAUAGGAGAGAAUUAAACCAUUGCUUUGAUGAUGCUGAUGGAAGUAGCAGCUUUAAAAACGAGGGCAUACCAAAAUUGGGAGAUAAAGACACAGCCUCCGUAGGUGAGGAUAAUGAGUUGCCGUCAGAAGAUGAUUUUGACCAACAAUCCAAUGAACCAUUGGUUCAAAUGUUCAGAAAUCGAAAUAUGAUUUUGGAACAAGAAAUAGAAAGGAAUGCUACAGACACCCAAUCUAUAAAAGAUGCAAUUCCUGAAAAAGAAUAUCUGUCUGGGGAUGCUAUUAAGAUCCCAGAUGGAAACUCUGGAGAUGAUGUGCCUACUGAAACAGCUUCAAUGGAAGUUGCACUUCCAGUAAAUGGAAAACCCAAGGAAUCUAUGGCAGAAACUAAUCAUGUUGUAAGGGACUUACUGUCAUGGGUGAAAGAAAUUGAAGAGCUAUUUUUGAAAGCUUCUGAAUCGGGAACAGAAGUUCCAAGGAUGUUGGAGGCAAACAAAGUACAAUUCCCACCUUUCUUUCCUGAAAGAAAAGCUCACAGAACCAAGGCAUCUACAUUCGUUGCACCCUUUUUUGUUUGUUGUACAGAAGAAACACCUCACCCACAAGUUUCUGAUUCAAGUGAAGUGAAGUAUUUAACAUGGCAUAGCUCAGUAUCAUCACUCUCCUCGUCAUCUGGGAAAUUUCUUGACCCAACUAUGGCCAAUGAUUUUGUAAAGGAUCUGAACAGCGAAAUUUUCAGUAGCACAUGCAUGACUUCAGGUAGCCAUGCCUCAACAUUAGAUCGGCUGUAUGCAUGGGAAAGGAAACUUUAUGAUGAAGUUAAGGUAAGUGGUAUGAUCCGGAGGGAAUACGAUACGAAAUGUAGACUGCUGAGGCAUAAAGAAUCUGUGGGAGUAAAAUCCAUAAUAAUAGAUAAAACCCGAGCAAUUGUUAAGGAUCUUCAUUCUAGAAUCCGUGUUGCCAUCCACAGAAUUGAUUCAAUAUCAAAGCAAAUAGAAGAGAUAAGGGACAAGGAACUCCAACCACAACUAGAGGAGUUGAUUGAAGGUUUAACUAGAAUGUGGAGAAUGAUGCUCGACUAUCACACUCGUCAACACAGCAUUAUCUCCUUGGUUUCCAGUAAUGACAGCACCAAAGUUCAUACGCAAUCAAAAUCGGAACAGCAAGCCGCUGACCUUGUCUUCGAGUUGAAAUCUCUUUGUUCAAAUUUCUCAGGAUGGAUUUCAGCACACAAAUCUUAUCUUCAAGCUGUAAAUGAAUGGCUCCACAAAUGUGUACUAUCUCAGAAACAGAAGAGACGAAAGCAGCAACCGUUCUGUCCAAAAAGAGACAUAGCUCCUCCAAUUUUUGUCACCUGCCAAGAUUGGUUAGCUCUACUGGAUAAACUUCCAACUGAGAAAGCUGCGUUGGCUAUAAACCAUCUAGUGAGUGCGGCAAGCGAUUUCUUACCUCAAGAUAAGGGUCAUCAGACUUCAAGGUUGUCCCUAUCGGUGUCGCGGAUAGCAGAGAAGAGUGGUGGCCUAUAUGUUCCAUUAAGUAAAUCCAAUGUGAAUUGGAAUCUCCAAUACAGCAACCUACUACUGGCUUUCAUGGACUUCCUAGACAAGCUAAAGAGUUUUUCAGACAGUUCAGUGUUGGAAUACGAAGCUCUCAAGAAGUCUAUCGAUGUGGCUCGAGAUGUUUAUGAGAAAACUGAAUUUAGAAAAUAAAAACUGCGUUUUUGCCUUA